CUUCCAUGAUUUGAGUAAAACGAUUGAGGCUCUCCAGCAGAAAAGAAAAGAUUUAAAAUGUCAUUUGGACAUUUAAAAAAUUGUUCAUAAAUUAAUCAAAAAUGCAGCCUCGAAUUAUUUUUCCUACUGAAUUAAGUGUUUGUAAUUUAGUGUGACCCCUAAAAUUAAAGUACACGUACACCAAUUUAUAUUUCCGAGGUUGGUACUCUAAUGGCAAAAGUGUCAGUGUCGAUGUGUGCGAAAGAAUCGUAGGGUGAUUGUCAGCUGUUAUCAAUGGAAUAUCUUCGCAGAAGGAACUGAGCAUCACGUAAGGUUUGUUUACAAACCAAAAUGGCAUGUAAGUUAGAGAUGGAAGAUAAUCAUCAUAUCUCAUAUUCUUCAGGAAAUGAUGUAGAUGGAAAGAAAAGACUGAGGUGCAGCAAUUUUUCAUCGCAGGAAAAAAACAUUCUAAUACAUAUAAUAGAAAAAUAUCAGGACAUAAUUGAAUGCAAGAAAACAGAUAAAAUCAGCGUUCAGGAAAGAGAAAAGGUGUGGGAAGGUAUAGCCCACGAAUUUAACGAAAUGGUUCUAGCUGAACCGGUAAGAACAUCCCGACAAUUGAAAAUGUGCUACGAAAAUUUAAAGAGAAGAAUCAGGAAGGAAGUGUGUGCUGAUGAACAAAAGUCCGUUAAACCUAGCAUUGAUCCAGUAGUUGCUUUGAGAUCCCAAGUACUCGUUCCGAGUGACGUUGAUUCAAAUUCAUCAACACAUCUCCACGCACCCCAAGGUUCUGCUGGAGGAACAGCAGGGCAGUUUAAGCCUGAUGGUUACUCUGUGCCAGUAGAUGACUAUGUGGAAACAAGCCAUCAUAAACUGAGAAGAAAGAAUGCUAAUAUAGCAAAGUUACGACGAAUAUUAUUGAAUAAAGAAAUCAGUUUAAUUAAUAUGGACUUGGAAAUGAGAGCAAAGAAGUAUGAGUUAGAACUGAAAGUAGAAGAAGCCAAGCUUGAGUACUAUAAAAGAAAAAUUGCAAUGCUCAGUAACACACAAAAUGGGAAAUCAUGAUUUAUGGUUUGGCAUUUAUUUCAUAUCUUAAUGCUAAAGAUUUUGGCAGAAAAUUUAUUACAACUUUUUGAGGAUUCUGAAUUGUGCAUUAGUGAUAUGUUAAUACAAUUUUGUUUUCAUUUGCUGUGGCCAAAUACAGCAUGACCUCUCAUUACAGAAGGGACAUGUUCCAGAAAACGUUUCCAUAUUGUGAAAUUCUGUAGCAUGAACCAUAUUUUCUCCAUUGACGUCCAUGUUGUAAGUGGAGAUGUAGUUACUAUAGGAUUCUGACGAUGGUGUAUAACACACUGAUAUGUUGGGAUUUUGGACUUUAUCCAUCGUCCU